GUUCCUGGUUCAUGACAACUGUGGGCGGAGGUAUAUCUUCACAAUCUUCGUUCAAAUCAGAAUCUAUUGACAUUGCACUAGAAGUUUCAAUGCUGGAAAGAAAUACCAGGUUAUGAAGAAAAAUCUGAGUUGCUCACAAUAUUACAUUACUUACACGUGUGCAUAUGAAGUUUGGAGAGCCACUGCAGAAGAUUGAGUGAAGAUGUUAUUCAGAACGUGUAACAUUAAUAUUACUUUCAGCAUGGUGAACAUCUUUACCUUAUUGCAACUGAAUAUCUAUUCUUGCUAGCUUUUAUAGAAAUCGGAUCGUCAUUGAGCUAAUAUCUAACGUUUUAUCAUAUCACUUUUACAGGCCACCACAGCAUAUUUUCUUCAGAAAUGAUAUAAUUUAAAAUAAGCAGAAAUGAUAAUUACUUACGUGAUAAAUUUAUGUCACUACAAAAAGCAGAAGACCAAACAAAACAAAACAAACCAAAACAAACCAAACACACGUUUAACGAUAACAUUGGUCUUUCUUAUGAGCAAACGUGAUUUUUCCCAGAUUUCGCAUGUAUUUGUUUGACUAGUCAAUAGAUGGCAGUAGUUUGUAAGUAGAGUGACGUUUUACACUUCUUGACGUUUGCAUUUUUAGCGGUCGUAGUUCAGUUGAAAAACGUAAUCCAAAAUACAACAGAAAUUUCGUUGCAGUUCACAAGAAGAAGAGAAACAAAAAUGGAAAAAUUUACGAGUAAACGGCGCACAAAGCCCACCGAAGUUUGUCAGUAUGAUAAAAAUUGUUACCGCAAAAAUCCGCAUCAUUUUAUGGAAUACCGGCACGAACAUCUCGAAAAAAUAAUGGAACAAAGCCCAGCAAAUCAAUACGUGAUUCCGAAUGAAAUGUUGGCGCACAAAGAUUGUAUUUUAGAUCAGAUCAAAAUUAUCACCGAGCUCUUCUCGCCUGAGGAUAAAGGAGAGCCGUCUGCUAAAAAGAAUAAACAAGCUGAACAAAACAUCAAAAUGCCGAAGGUGUCAACGUCUGUUGAAAAUGCUAGCAACAAAUCGAGCAAUCAAUCUGCGUCCGCAUCAUCAUCGUCGUCGUCGACAUCGCAAAAAGUCUGUGCGCCAAAAGAUAUUCACAAAUACGUCAAAGUCGUUGCACCCAAAGGAAAGAUGGCCGGAAAACUUGAAAAAUCUCGACCAUUCAAUUUUUUUCUCACUUGCAUUUCAUCGUCGCCACCAACACACAACGAACCGCUAUCUAUCACUUUUCAGGAAAUUCUGGACAAAUCGCUCGGUGAGCUUGAGUGUUCAGUGCAAAUAAAUUUCAUGGUUGACAUCGGUUGGUUGUUGGGCCAAUAUUAUUUUGCCGGCUGUUUAGAUUUGCCGUUGUUGAUUUUGUAUGGUAGUGGAGGAGCCUCACCCGAAAUUGAAACAAUAUCACAGAAGAAGCCACAAGUGUCCGCUCAUCUCAUGCGAAUGCCCCAUGCGUUUGCCACACAUCACACCAAAAUGAUGUUGUUAGGCUACAAAGAUCGUUCCAUGCGCGUAGUAGUAUCAACGGCGAAUUUGUAUGAAGACGAUUGGGACAACCGAACACAAGGUUUAUGGAUAUCUGACAAAUUGGAAGCGAUGCCCGAGGGAAGUGAUACAGCCAGCGGCGAAAGCGCAACUGAAUUUCGGAAUGAACUUCUGAAAUAUUUAUCAGCAUACAAACUUCCACAGUUACAACCAUGGCUUGUGCGAAUUCGGAAAACUGAUUUUUCCGCGGUUAAUGUUUUCCUCAUUACAUCAAUCCCCGGCACUUACACAGAAACCGGCAAUGGAUAUCCCCAUGGUCAUGGACGUGUUGCAUGGCUAUUGUCAAAGCAUUCAGCACCUAUAAAUGAAAAUUCGCCAAUUAUUGCUCAGAGUUCAUCGCUUGGUAGUUUUGGUGCAAGCGCAGACGGUUGGCUCACCGGCGAAUUCGUGAAUAGUUUCCGGCGUGACACACAACCCAUGGGAUUACGGAAAUUGCCCAGUAUUCGUGUUAUUUACCCAUCGUUUAACAAUGUUGCAAAUGGCCACGACGGUCUACUAAGUGGCGGAUGUCUGCCAUACGGUGACAAAAUACACCAGAAGCAGACUUGGUUGAAUGAUUUUUUGUAUCAAUGGCGCGCCGAUUGUCGUCACCGAUCGAAAGCAAUGCCACACAUAAAAACGUACACCCGAUGGUCAGAGAAGAAGAUGUUUUGGUUCCUGUUAUCUUCAGCAAAUUUGUCAAAAGCGGCAUGGGGAUCAUUGUCAAAAUCCAAAACUACUCCCACAUUACGAAUCAGCAACUUUGAAGCAGGCGUAUUAUUCCUGCCAAAAUUCGUAUCAAAUAUGCGCUACUUUUCGAUGGAUGAAUCUGAUCAAAGUACGCCACUGUUUCCGCCACUUUAUGACAUUCCCCUGACCAAAUAUGCCGUGGAUGACAAUCCUUUUUUGAGUGAUAUUUUGUUUACCGAAACUGACAAUGUCGGUGGAACGAUGUGACAUGUGGCUCAAGAAGUUCUAUCAAAAUCCAUACAUAACCAACAUGACAUUACAAAUGCUAUAUAGCUCAGUUGGCCCAUAGUGCAUAUUCCAUGGACUAGGUGCGCCACCAGCGCAAACAAAUGUCAAAGUAUAUGAUUUAUACACAACAAAUUGUUGAUAUACAUCUGAAUAAAAAAAAAUACUUUUUUUCAACUUAGUUUCGUUUAUUGAAUAAAUCGUAAUUUAUUUCGACAGUUAAAAA